AUCAAUUUGUGAAGAAUCUGUAUCGGUUUCAUUUUCUUCAGAAGAAUUGAGGGGUGCGAUACGUGAAGCAAAAACUGUUUUAGAAAUGAUACUGAAGGAUGAUGAAGAAAUUCGAACGAUUAUGGACAACACUGAUGCACCUUUUGGACAAUUAAAUCAAGAAAAAAGAGAAAUAUUUGUGGAGAAGAAUGAUGUUGCCAUGUUGCUAUCUCAACUUCAAACGCUGGAAAAUGUCUUGGAUAAUUUUAAAAAUAAUAUUACCGGUCGGUCUGUUGCAAAGUUGGAUGGUCAAGUUUACCCAGGAACUAAAAUGAUACAGUUACUUGAAGAAGCUAAAAUACGCAAAGAUUUUCGAGAUAGAAUUGCGCGCUUAACUGAUAAAAUUGGGCAAUAUCUUACGCAUAAAACCGAACAAGAAGAUGAAGCUGUAAAGGGUGUUUAUUUGCAACUUUUUUCAUCAUUUGUUUCUACAGUUUAUGCAGAUAGUUAUGAUCCAUUAAAGCCUUUGUUUGAAAUUAAAACUCCUCAGGCUGAAAAUGCUUAUCUUCAUCGGACAGCUGUCACUUUUGCUGAGAAAUAUCAGGUUUUGCUACAGUGCGAGAAUAUGUACUCUCUUAAUGUUCGCUCAGUAAUAGUCACAAGUGGAACAUUAUCACCACUUGAUGUUUUUACUAAUAAUCUUGGUAUAACAUUUAAAAUUAAGUUGGAAAAUAAUCAUAUUGCCAAUACUUCGCAAAUUAUUGGUGCAUGUAUUAGAGCUGAUAAACAAGGCACACCACUUUGUGGAUUUAAGACGAAAACUCUGUUAUAUUUAAUUAAGGAAAAAAAAUCAAAUGGUCAAUCAGUUUGGUCAGAAAUGGGUCGACUAAAGAAAUUGUUUGAAGAACCAAAAUCAAAAUCUGAAUUAAAAAUAAUAUUGGCAAGAUAUAAAGAAAGUAUAAAAUAUGAUGGGGGAGCGGUUUUAUUCGCUGUUUGUAGAGGGAAGGUAAGUGAGGGUAUAGAUUUUGCCGACAAUGAAAGUCGUGGUGUUGUUGUGGUUGGCAUUCCAUUCGCACCCGUUAAUGACGCUAGAGUCGAAUUAAAAAAACAAUUUUUGGCGCAAUCGAACGCUGGUAAAUUAUCAAAAAACGUUAGUUUUUUAUCUUUUAAAUUAUUAUUGUCGUUAUUUUUAAUAUCUUUAGGAUUUUGUUUUAAAUUAUUAUCUUCUUCCUUACUUUUUCUUUUUUUCAUAGCAGCUAAAAAAUGA